CUAAGCUGUCCCCGCAGAGACCUGCAGGGAGCUCGCGGCGGAGGACCCAGAGGGAGGCCUGCGGUGGCUCCAGCCCGGACUCCGGCCCCGACCGCAGCAGAAGUGCACGAGGUCUACGGUCAUCAGGGUCACAACCACUCACUCCAUCCCUACUGGAGAGUAAAAGAGAUCAGCCCCUACCAGAAGAAAAGACGCCCUUCCACCCAUCCCUAUCAGUUCCAGUUCCCAGGAAUAGCCCAUAGCACCGGAGGCAGGUGGGCCACAGGGCUGCCCUAAGGCAGGGAAUUUCUCCAGAAGGCCACCAGCCAGCAGAAUUAAGUAUUCUCCCAGUGCCUACCCAGGCCUGACAACAUCAUGCUCCCAGGACAGCAAUGACAACACUCAUCACCCCAGGGGCCCACAGAAGAUGCCUAGAGACUGCAAUAGGAGCUCUCAUAGCAUAAGAAGAUAAGGCAAAUUUCAUCUGCAACACUGAGGACAAAGACAGUUCCUGCAGAAACGUCACAGCUACCUGGGAGCCUAAGUCUGAAGCAAUUAGGCAGGGCUCCCAGUGAAGGCUCUGAUUUUUCAGGUCAGGCCCUAGGGUCUCCUGGAGGGUCCAAAGGUAGACUCGCCUGCCCACUGAACCUGGCCCAUCCCUACAGGGAGAACUAUUUUUAGAACACUUGGAGAAUUUUCAGAGCUUUUACAGGUUGAAGAUUGUUCAUGUGGGGAGCUUCUGGGAGAAGCUGUCUCUGACUCUGAGGACUGUGGGCUCCCAGAGAGCCAGGCUUAUGUUCUUCUUGCACCCCCCACAGAGCACACUGAGCUGGGGGCUGCGAUGCUGAAGGCAGCUGUGCACAUCACUUGCUCUCUGCGCCGGGCAGGUCAGCUCCAGAGGAAUUCAUCUGGGGCAGGCCCACCUCGGCCCGCUGAAUUAGCCUCCACGAUCCCCGGGCCUCCCCGGCGCCAGGGGGUGCUGUAAACGUUUCGUCCCGGCCCCUGCGGCCGCAGUCGUCGGCCCCGUCCGCACGAUGGGCUCCGAGGCGGCGCAGCUGCUGGAGGCUGCCGACUUCGCGGCUCGGAAGCACCGGCAGCAGCGGCGGAAGGACCCCGAAGGGACCCCCUAUAUCAACCACCCCAUCGGUGUGGCACGGAUCCUGACCCACGAGGCGGGAAUCACUGACAUUGUGGUGUUACAGGCGGCCCUGCUCCAUGACACGGUGGAGGACACAGACACCACCCUGGAUGAGGUGGAGCUACACUUUGGGGCACAAGUGCGGCGCCUGGUGGAGGAGGUAACAGAUGACAAGACUCUGCCCAAGCUGGAGAGAAAGAGGCUGCAGGUGGAGCAAGCGCCCCACAGUAGCCCCGGGGCCAAACUGGUGAAGCUGGCAGACAAGCUGUACAAUCUGAGGGACCUGAAUCGCUGCACCCCAGAGGGAUGGUCAGAACAUCGAGUCCAGGAAUACUUCGAGUGGGCAGCGCACGUGGUGAAGGGGCUUCAGGGAACAAACCGGCAACUGGAAGAGGCUCUAAAGCAUCUGUUCAAGGAGCGGGGGCUGACACUCUGAUCAGUGCUUGAAGCUAUCCAGAGGCACAACUCCAGCCUGGUUCAGGCCGGACAGGAUUCAUACGCCAUCUUUUCUGUGCCUCCUGAGCUCCCUCCAUCCUUCCCAGAUAUUAGAGGCCAAACAAAGACUUGCAUUUUUUCUCAAUCUGAAGGUCUCCUGCUAACUAUGCUGAGCCCCGCGUGUGGGAAUCAGAUGUACCCAUCCAUUUCUGAUGCACUCACUGCCUCUCCCCAAGUCUUGGGUCUGUAUGCUGUUUUGCGUGGUGGGAUCUCUGGCCCCUCAGGGACUUGAGAUUAUGUAAGUACUAGUUCCUAAGACGUUAUGGAAAAUAAAAAUAACUCUGGGUUAAGGUUUAA